AUGUGGCUGUUCCAGAAACCUCAGUUUGGGAUGCUGCCCCAGAUGGGGAAGACCGUGAAACAAGCAGGAGCAAACACAGCAGCUGUGGUGGCUUUUGGGGUAGUUGUUUCAGUGAACAGACUUGGGAACAACUCCAGAGCCUCCUCCAAGAUGCUGGUGGUCCUGCUCACAGUAGUCUUGUUAGCCCUGAGCUCUGCUCAGAGACAAGGAGAAGGUUUUCAGAGCCUAAAGCAGAUCCUCAAUCAGAGACCACCUCAUCAAGGACUUCCACAAAGACAUGGACCUCCAAAAGGAGGAAACCAACAGCAAGGUGGCCAUGCUCAGCCUGGGAACCUGCAAAGCCCACCCCCACAGGGAAGUCCACAGCAGAACCAAAUCCCUCACCCUGUAAACCAGCAAGGCCUAACCCCACAGGGAGGCCGCCAGCAGAACAUAGGUCCUCAGCCUGGAAAUCAGCAAGGUCCAUCCCCACAGGGAGGUCCACAGCAGAUCCAAGGCCCUCAUCCUGGAAACCAGCAAGGCCCAUCCCAGCAGGGAGGCCCACAGCAGAUCCAAAGUUCUCAGCCUGGAAACCAGCAAAGCCCAUCCACACAAGGAGGCCUGCAGCAGAUCCAAGGUUCUCAGCCUGGAAACCAGCAAGGCCCAUCCACACAAGGAGGCCCACAGCAGAUCCAAGGUUCUCAGCCUGGAAACCAGCAAGGCCCAUCCGCACAAGGAGGCCUGCAGAAGAUCCAAGGUUCUCAGCCUGGAAACCAGCAAAGCCCAUCCACACAAGGAGGCCUGCAGCAGAUCCAAGGUUCUCAGCCUGGAAACCAGCAAGGCCCAUCCACACAAGGAGGCCCACAGCAGAUCCAAGGUUCUCAGCCUGUAAACCAGCAAGGCCCAUCCACACAAGGAGGCCUGCAGCAGAUCCAAGGUUCUCAGCCUGGAAACCAUCAGGGCCCAUCCCCACAGGGAGGUCCACAGCAGAUCCAAGGUUCUCAGCCUGGAAACAAGCAACGGCCAUCCACACAAGGAGACCCGCAGCAGAUCCAAGGUUCUCAGCCUGGAAACCAGCAAGGCCCAUCUGCACAAGGAGGCCCACAGCAGAUCCAAGGUUCUCAGCCUGGAAACCAGCAAGGCCCAUCCGCCCAAGGAGGUCCACAGCAGAACCAAGGCCCUCAGCCUGGAAACCAUCAAGGUGCAUCCCCACAGGGAGGCACACAGCAGAUCCAAGGUCCUCAGUCUGGAAACCAGCAAGACCCAUCCCCACAGGGAGGCACACAGCAGAACCAAGGCCCUCAGUCUGGAAACAAGCAAGGACCACCUCAAUCUUUGUAAUGAUUCAGACCACCGGAAUGCUCCCAGGCCUUUGGUCCUCAGUAAACUAAAAUUCAAUGACAGGAAGUAAGAAGAUAACUCCCUCACUACAUUCUUCUAUUGGACCAUCAGGAUCAGAACUAUAACUUUACUACCUUAAUAAAAUGGUCAGCAU